GCCCGCUCAGGCGGCGUCCGGGCGGCCCUUGGCGGGUCCUCGCGGCGCUCUUCCCGGCGGGCCGCGCGGGGCGGGUCUCUCUGGCCGCCAUCUUGGGGCGCUCGGGGCCUGCCGAGACCGGGUCUGCGGGAGGACGCCAUGACCGGGAGGCUGUGGUGCAAGGCCAUUUUUGCUGGCUACAAACGUGGCCUCCGAAACCAGCGGGAGCACACGGCUCUUCUGAAGAUUGAAGGUGUUUAUGCCCGCCAAGAGACAGACUUCUACCUGGGCAAGAGGUGUGCCUAUGUGUACAAAGCUAAAAACAACACCGUAACUCCCGGGGGGAAGCCCAACAGGACACGGGUGAUCUGGGGGAAGGUGACACGGGCCCAUGGGAACAGUGGCAUGGUCCGUGCCAAGUUCCGCUCCAACCUUCCUGCCAAGGCCAUUGGACACAGAAUUCGGGUGAUGCUGUAUCCAUCUAGGAUCUAAAUUUUUAUUGAAAAUAAAAUGGAGAAUCUGUUUAA